AUGGGACACGGCCAGCAACAGGCUGUCCACCCAUUCUUUCGACAAGAAUUUGGAGUUUCAGCACAGCCAACCCCGUCGCUCUCAGGCAAAGCCACUGUUUCUUCCGCAAACGAUGCAUUAGGACCCGAAGCUGCCCCUUCAGGAAACCACUCGUUCCCUUCUAGACUACUACCUGGAAAAUCCCCCACCAGUGGACCAGGACAACAAGACACCAAUACCGCCGAACUAUCGAGUGCCGAAGAAGACCCCAAUACAGACAGACGGAAGAGACGCAGAACUGAGAAACACAAGCAACCCCACGGCGACAUACCGAUCAAGACCGGAUUGGCGAGCUGGCUCGGAAAGGAUCUGUCGACGUCUGUUGCUUCGGCCGAGGAUGAGCAUGUGCCUACAACCACAAGCACGGGCGCGCCUGACCAGUGCUCAUCUGGACCGGACCUCAAGAGGGAAGCACAACCGGAAGGAGAGUCGGACAAGAAGCGAAAGACGUUGAAAUUGAAUUCCAAUGGGAGGUUGCUUAGCUCUCCCCCUGCAACAGCAGCCGAGAAUACCACGCAGAAACGGCCAGGAGGGAAACGGGGAAGACCUCUAAGAAAUGAAAGCAAGCUGGCGAUUCUCAAAUAUAGUGUGUCUGGCGACAGGAAUAUCGGAAGGAUGAUUGACGGUAUACUCUCCGGUCAAACAACACAUAAGCCCGCGCCUGCCAGCCGAGCGAUCGAUGUGGCGCCCAAAGAGAAUAAGCCGGCUAAACCUACGCACCCGUUCUUCUUGAAAAAGCCCACUCAGGGCAUCCAGCCAGAAAAGGGGUCUGGUGCUCAAGCAGAGACGGAACGCGUAACUUCGAAUCCAACAACGACCCCAGCACCACCGAUUUCUUCCGUACCUAAGCGCGAAUUACGGGCUUUUGGUUCAUUUCCGUCAACGUUUGGUCGUCGGACGACCAAUUUUCCCGAGCUUCUUGAUCCUCUGUGGCCACCUCAAGAUCUUGUUCACAUAAAAUCUAUUGAUCCGCCACAACAGACCUAUGACUCCACGUUGAAGUCUCUAGAAGAAGACCAGAAGAAGUCGAAAUUACCAGUCAUCACUGUCAACGAUGACGAGAAUGCCUUUUUGGUGAGCACUUUGCGAGCACGACAGGCUGCGGCUUUAUCAGCAUGCGAAGGAAGUAACCCUCGUCCAACCUUGCGCAUCCCCGGACGCCAUGUCGCCAGUGGUCGAGUCCUCCAGACCGCGAUUGAUAGUCAGAUGUCUUGGGCGACUAACCCACGCUUAGCGGGGAACUCGUCGAUUCCCCUGAUUUCGAAUCUCCGAGAGUCUUUGCUAUCGUCAUUUUCGGCAUUCGAUUGCGGAAAAUACGAACCACAACUUUGGACACACAAGUAUGCGCCAAGAAAAGCAGAGGAUGUUCUCCAAAAUGGUCGGGAGGCUCAUGUUUUACGGGAUUGGCUCCGGCAUCAUAAAAUCACUGCGGUCGAUACUGGAAAAUUAUCUAGAUCCACCAAAUCAAAAUCCAAGUCGGAGAAAAAGCGAAAGAAGGGCCGAAAGCAAGCCGACAAGCUUGAUGGUUUCAUCGUUUCGAGUGAGGAAGAGGCAUCCGAAAUGGACAAUCUCUCUGGCUCGGAUGAUGAGUUGGCUGGUGAUGUAACAGUGUCUGGCCAAAAGACCGUGAUCCGCACUGGAGACCUCGCGAGCAGUGGCUCUCAUGGAGAGAGGAACCGAUUCACAAACGCAAUCCUGCUUAGUGGCCCACCAGGUGUUGGCAAAACUGCCUCGGUCUACGCCGUUGCCAAGGAGCUUGAUUUUGAGGUAUUUGAAAUCAACCCAGGCAGCCGACGAAGUGCUCGAGAUAUGCUUGAGAAAGUUGGAGAUAUGACGCGGAACCACUUGGUCCACCUCCUGAAUGAAUCUGACGACACUCCUAAGCCUCGAGAGUCUGGUGCCCAAGCCGAUGAAGCAAAACAAGACAAGCUUUUGAGCUUCUUCAAAGGGAAGCCUUCGUCGGACUUAAGGCCUCCGGCUGACACCAACUCCGCGAAUUCCACCCCAAGGACCGACACCGAUGAGAAACGCGCCCGUGAACAGAAACAAUCCCUGAUCCUUCUUGAAGAAGCCGACCUUCUCUUCGACGAAGACAAACAAUUCUGGACAGGUGUAAUGGCGUUGAUCAGCCAGUCAAGGCGACCGAUCGUCAUUACGUGCAAUGACGAGAGCCUUAUACCCCUCCAAGGCAUGUCUUUGUACGCCAUUUUACGGUAUCAAAAGCCACUUCGUGACCUUGCCAUCGACUACUUACUCCUCAUUGCCGCAAACGAAGGACAUGUCCUCAAAAGAGACGCAACCAGCAAGCUUUUUGAUGCAUCCGGAAUGGACAUCCGGAGGUCGCUCUUGGAUCUUAACUUUUGGUGCCAAAUGGGUGUCGGAAGUAGCAAAGCUGGGCUUGACUGGAUCCUACCCUGCUGGCCACCCGAAGUCAAUCGCGAUGAUAACGGAGAUCGAGUACGCGUCCUGAGUCUCAAUACUUAUGAGCCGUAUAUGGGUUGGUACAACCGGGACCUAUUUUUGGGUGAAGAAUCGUGGGAGAAGGAGACGGAGGCAUUGAAGAACACCUUUCACUGGUGGAGACUCGGAAUCCAAGAUUCUGAAGAUGCCGCUGGGUUCAGCGAGCCCGAGAGUGUUCCUUUCGACAAAUUUCGAGCCCAAUCCAAGAUCGAGCAACUGGAAUUGCUUGAUCGCGAGAUGGACUACCUGGAUAUGAGAAGCUCGUUGGAUGUUCUCUCAACUCGUUGUCCACAGGACAUGUUCAAUGAUGUCAUUGAUAUUUCAGCACCUCCGAUUCCCGAAUCUCACCGAUCAAACUAUGUCGAAGCCUAUCCUCUUCUCCAAGCCAAUUUGCAGCCCGAAUAUCCUGCGCUUAGUGAGACGCUUUGCCUCACGUUUGCCGCCCUACUUUCGAAGGUAUUCCGUACGCGCAGUGACAACAUGGAGUCGACCUGCGCGACUCAGAUGUUCAAUGGCUGGCGACAACAUGCAGCUCGUCGACAGAUAUUCCCCUCGAAGCUGCCCGGGUUCCAAAAGGUUUUCGAACCACUCAUGCGGCAAUAUUCUUAUGCGAACACCCGUUCUGCUCUUUCCUUUGAUAGCAGCAUUUCUCCUAUCACUGAGGACAUCGCACCAUAUGUUCGUUCUAUUAUGGUAUUUGAUGGUCGUCUCAAGCAAUAUCGAGACUAUUUAAGUGCUCUGAUGUCUCGAGAGUAUACCCAGGGAGAGAAACGGAAGCGGACAACUCGUGCCAGCCGAGCAGCACUAGAAGGAGGAGACAAAGCAUCAGUUCGAAAAGAGAGAUGGUUCCCUGAUGAUACGAACUAUUUCCUGGUCCAGGGUACUGGGAUGCCGGAAUGGCAAGCUAUCUUGUUUCAGCUUGGGCACUUUCAUGUCCAGCCAGUCAUCGAGCCAAGCACCGACAGCAAUUUAAACGCCCUUGAAGUUGAAUUACAAGAAUCAUGA